AUGACAAAGGUUCAGUGCACAGUUUUGGCCCUCCUCACGGGGGCAUCGGCCUUGUCUGCAGAGGUGGCAGAUUCAUGGACGGAAGGAGACGGCGCCUGCAACCUGCAAACCAGGGUGGAGCAGGCGGAGUCGGACUACGUGCCCGGCUUGGUCGAGCAGUUCCUUCAAGCACCACUCCCAUCGCCCAACCGCAACCUCACCAGCGAGAAUCCGGUGGUGUUCUUGCACCAAGCUCGAGCAGCUGGCACUUCUCUCCGCAAGCUGAUCUCGAACUCCUCCAGGAACCUCGGCCUAAAGGCCCACAUCCCCUGCUAUGGUGGAGUGGGCUGCAACGACUUCCGUUUGGAAGGGGAUGCGGCAGUUUACGCUGGGCACUUCUGCUGGGAAGAUGCGCAGCGUAGCCUCAAAGCAAAGGGAGCCAAGGAGGUCGGCUGCCUCACCAGCUUCCGCGAGCCUGUGCCCCGAAUCAUGUCUUGCUACUCGGACCGUUUGGUGGGCUCCGAGCACGUGGCGCCGGCUUGCAUGGGGGACCUUGGGCUGCAGCUGGCUGCUUUGCGGGGCACCUUUGAAAGCUCAGCCUCAACAAAGGAUCUCUCCGUGGACAACUUGAAGAAAUUGUUGGUGGACCGCGGCUGCGUGAAUGAGCCGUUCCGGAGGUUCAGCGAAUGUCAACCAAACUCAACGGUGAGCAUGAUCGACACGAAGGCACGUCAAGCGGCUUGGCAGAACACCUUGACCUACAUGUCGCAGUGCGUUCCGAUCAUCCUGGGCAGACAGGUGUCCCUGAAGGUGGCUGCCAACCAUUUUCCGCAGCUUGCAGAUGCUAUCUGGGACAUGAAGUCCCUGGCAGUCAACAGGAAUACCCACUACCUCAACCAGGGUGAAUGUCACGUUCCGGAUUCGCACAUGGAGGCCAUUAAAGAGUUGGCCGAGUCAGAGACGAUGCUCUACGAGGCAGCCGUGAAGCGAAUGUGGCAGCUGAUGCUGAAGGUAUGA